UUGAAAGUUUAACAGCGGAUGUGACGUCAUACCCGCGAGCUGCAGGUCUGUUCUGGCGGAUCCUUGUACUAUUUACCUUCUCCGCUUCAGUGUUAAGUCCGUAUACAUAUAUUCGUCUAGAACAAAUGGACUGCUGUAUCGUAUCCGCACUGUGGUGUUUUAUGCCACUUUAUUUUCUUAUUCACUUCCUGUGUUUCAUUUUCGCCGACGCAGACUUCACUCUGCUGUGGGGAAGUCUGUUAGGACACAAGCCCGAGAAUAAGCUGAAGGGGAUGGUGGCUUGGGUCACUGGAGCCUCCAGUGGUAUUGGAGAGGAGCUGGCCUGCCAGCUAGCCAAGUGUGGGUCCCGUCUCGUCUUGUCUGCUAGACGUGAGGCUGAGCUGAAGAGGGUGAAGCAGCGGUGUUUAGAGUGCUCUGACCUCCAGGAUAAAGACAUUCUUGUUCUUCCACUGGAUUUGUUGGAGAGGACAUCACAUGAAGAAAAAACUAAAGCUGUGAUCCAAUACUUUGGACGUGUUGAUAUCCUCAUUAACAAUGGCGGCCGAAGCCAGCGCUCUCUCUGCGUGGAGACCAGCGUUGAUGUGUAUCAGGCUUUGAUGGAGCUCAACUUCCUGGGCACGGUUUCCAUCACCAAGCAGGUGCUGCCUUACAUGAUGCAGCAAGGCACUGGGAGCAUUGUGACCGUCAGCAGUGUUGUCGGCCUGGCUGGGGCGCCCCUGGCAACAGGAUACUCUGCCAGCAAACAUGCUCUCCAGGGUUUCUUUAAUUCUCUUCGGACCGAGCUGACUGACUUUCCAAACAUACUCAUCAGCACAGUGUGUCCAGGGCCUGUGCAAUCACAGAUAGUCCAGAAUGCCUUCACAGAGGAAGUGAACAAGCCUGUGGCCACAGCUGGUAACCAGGAACACAAGAUGCCAACAAGUCGCUGUGUGCAUUUAAUGCUGGUGGGAAUUGCCAACGGUGUCAAGGAAAUGUGGAUCGCGCAGCAGCCCUUCCUCCUGUUUUACUACGUCUGGCAGUACGCGCCCACAUUCGCCUGGUUCAUCACAAACAAGCUGGGCAGAAAGAGGGUACAGAAUUUCAAAGCUGGUCUGGAUGCUGACUCGGCAUACUUCACCAAGCCCAAGACCUCCUGAAGGUCACAUCCUCAAAGGGAAACACAUUUAUUGCAUUCCAAAUAGAAAAGUGAUUUCCCUGCCAAAUUUUCAGGUCUUUGCCUUCAUCUAGAGGGAACAUUUUAAGGACACUGCUGCCUCAACAGCUCAGAGCCGUCUUCCCAGGGCAUGGCAGGGUCUGACAAAAAUGGCUCAUUUUAAUUUUAUCAUGCGGUCAUCUCAAAUGUAAAUAAAAUGCUAUACUUAACUGUCUUGUAACAAACAUAUCUAACAUCAUUAUGUCAACUUUGCUAUGGAUUCCAAGUAGGAAUGCCUAAUAAAAUUUAGUUUGGAUCAA